UCUUACGUCAUGUGGUCACGGGGUAAAAACAUGGCCGACUGCAUGUAAUCGGAUUGAUCUCAUGAACCGCUUUCUAACAUAGCGGUCAUAUACAUAUCCCUCUGUUGCACAUUCUCUGCGAAUAUACUCUAUAUUGGCCUCGUUGGAUGUAAUUAUGGCUUCGGCGUUCGUGGUUGGGGAUCAGUUCAGAAACAGGGUGACAGAACUAUUGGAACGGACGGACUCAUCUCUUCCUGAAGAGCUGAAAACGCAACUGGGUGCUCUUGUUGAAAAGAAAGGACAAAUAACGUUAGCCUUUCAUACAGCGAGACAACUGAAGAAGUACCUUCAUGCUGAAGGCCAUCCAUUCUAUUUGCAUGAUUUGUUGGAGGAUAGUUCACUGCACCUGCCAGAGUUUGUGAAGCCCCCCAGAAACCCUGAGCUGGUCGCACGUUUGGAAAUCAUUAAAGCCAGACUAGCAAACGAGGAAUACAACAAGAUGACCCGAAAUGUUAACAAUCAGGAGAUGAACCGGACUGGAACUCUGGCAGAUUUUGGUCAGCAAGUCCGAUCAGCCAAAGCGGUGGCCGUGACUGUUUUCAACUUCCUGGUGACAAUAGUUGCUACGUUUGCCUGCUCCUAUAUGGGCAGUCAAUACCUAUUCACAGAAACAACAGCGCGAGUGAUAUCUGCUGUGAUUGCAACAUCUGUAGUGGGGCUCGCUGAGCUGUAUGUCCUGGUCCGGACCAUGGAGGGGGAACUCGGGGAACCCUAGCGCAACAAACAAGGGAACUACACUAAAAUCGAGAAAGAAAAACUCCAAUUAAUGUGUUCGCAUUAUUGUACUAACAGAGCCUUCACACCUGAGCAUUUCGCUUUCUUGGAAAGUUUUUGGGAUGGGAUUCUUGAGGGGAGGGCAUUGUGAAUGGUUUAAAAAGUGCAGAAACAGUACUUAUGGUUAUAGUUUUUUGGGCGAGUGUUUUACAGAUCUUUAAAUGCAGUAAACCCCCUCUAUUUGCAAUGUAUAGGGAUCAAGUUCUGCUGCGAAGAGCUAAAAAAAAAUGUUAUCGAGCUUCUGUCCCAAAAGAAUGUUUAUAAAUGAAAUAGUUCUCAUGAAUUCUCAUGAAUAAAUCCGAAUAAAAUGA